AUGCCUGCUCCAACUCCUGUCAACAGUCCCUCCAGAUCCCUUCCCUCCACGCCUCCCAAGAAGGAGACCGAACCAGCUCACAGUGCCACCUCUGAAGCCGGCGAUGCGACCACCCCAACUGCCAAAUCCUCCAACGCGGCCAAAACAACCGAUCCUGAAGCGACGCCCAAGAAUGUCAAACGCUACAGCAGCGCCCCCGAUCCGCCGCCCACCACUCCGAGCGCCCAGCAUGGUUCCAUCGCCGCCUGGGGAAGCACUUCUGGAAAACUCUACCUCUCCGGCCCUCCUCCUGACCACGCGAAUUCCGUGAGCGGUGUCUGGGAGUCUGUGUUUGGCUUGCGCCCGAAAAAAGCCACCGAGCAGGGAGACGAUGCGGAGAAGAAGGCCGAGAAGGCCGAGAAAGUGGAGGACCACGAUGGCGACAAGUCAGGCGAAGUCGAUUAA